GGGCUUUUAUGGUAAAUUUAGGUACCAAAGCCAUUAUGAUAUCUGCAACAGCAACUCGACCCAUCAAAAAUUAAUCCAAAAAAAAAUAUUCUUAAAAAAAAGAAAAAAAAUUUAGAAAUUCUCAAACCGAUAAACGUUUUUGGGUUUGCAGUGUUUUUUGUCUCGGUGUUUAUGGGUUCUGUUUGUAAAUUGGUAUUAUAUUUUGUAGCUGAAAUUCCAUAGUAUGUUCAUCACUGUGUUGGAGUUUUAGAGGUGAAGAGAACUGGUUCUGACAUUAUUACAAACUGUUUAUGUGAGCUCCUUGAUUCGACAACAUGUCUCAAACCAACUGGGAAGCUGACAAAAUGUUAGAUGUGUAUAUCCAUGAUUAUCUGGUGAAGAGAGAUUUGAAGGCUUCUGCUCAGGCUUUUCAAGCUGAGGGAAAAGUAUCAUCUGAUCCUGUGGCUAUUGAUGCACCUGGAGGCUUUCUCUUUGAAUGGUGGUCGGUUUUCUGGGAUAUAUUUAUUGCUAGGACAAAUGAGAAGCACUCGGAGGUCGCUGCGUCUUAUAUCGAGACUCAAUUCAUUAAAGCGCGGGAGCAGCAGCAGCAACAGCAACAGCAGCAGCAGCAAGCUCAACCACCACAGCAUCAACAGCAACAGCAGCAGCAGCAGCAACAGCAUCUGCAGAUGCAACAAAUCCUAUUGCAGAGGCAUGCGCAGCAGCAGCAGCAGCAACAACAGCAGCAACAGCCUCCCCAGCAGCAGCAGCAGCAACAGCAACAGCCCCCCCAGCAACAGCAGCAGCAACAGCCUCCCCAGCAACAGCAACAGCAGCGAAGGGAUGGGACACACCUCCUAAAUGGUACUACAAAUGGGCUUGUGGCAAGCGAUCCUCUCUUGCGCCAAAACCCUGGAACUGCAAACGCCAUGGCAACAAAGAUGUAUGAGGAAAGAUUAAAACUGCCAAUUCAGAGGGAUUCUUUGGACGAUGCUGCAAUGAAGCAGAGAUUUGGUGAGAAUGUAGGCCAGCUUUUGGAUCCAAAUCACACCUCAAUAUUGAAGACUACAGCACCUGGCCAGCCUUCAGGGCAAGUGUUACAUGGUGCGGCGGGUGGAAUGUCCCAACAGGUUCAGGCUCGGAAUCAGCAACUUCCAGGGUCUACACCAGAUAUAAAGAGUGAGAUCAACCCACCCAGAGCCGCUGGUCCGGAGGCAUCAUUAAUAGGAAUUCCUGGAUCAAAUCAAGGUGGUAACAAUUUGACCUUAAAAGGGUGGCCGCUCACUGGACUGGAUCAACUGCGCUCUCUUCAGCAACAAAAACCUUUUAUACAGGCUCCUCAGCCCUUUCAUCAACUUCAGAUGUUGACACCACAACACCAGCAACAGCUUAUGCUUGCACAGCAAAAUUUAACAUCACCAUCUGCUAGUGAUGAGAAUAGAAGAUUGAGAAUGCUUUGGAACAACCGAAAUAUUCUGCCUGGGAAGGAUGGGCUUACGAAUUCUAUUGGUGAUGUGGUUCCAAAUGUUGGAUCUCCUUUACAAGCUGGUGCCUCUCUUUUGCCUCGUGGAGAUACAGACAUGCUGAUUAAGUUAAAAAUGGCUCAGAUGCAGCAGCAGCAACAACAGCAGCAGCAGCAGAACAGUAAUCCACAGCAGCAGCAGCAGCAGCAGCAGCAGCUUCACAAUCAUCAUCAGCAAGAUAAGAUGGGGGGUGCUGGUAGUGUCACAGUAGAUGGUAGCAUGUCCAGCUCUUUUCGAGGAAAUGAUCAGGUUUCAAAAAACCAGACAGGAAGAAAGAGAAAGCAGACAGUAUCAUCUUCAGGUCCUGCCAAUAGCUCUGGAACUGCAAAUACUGCAGGACCAUCCCCAAGUUCAGCACCCUCGACACCUUCAACUCACACUGCGGGAGAUGUGAUCUCAAUGCCUUCUUUACCACAUACUGGUAGUUCUUCUAAGCCUCUAGUGAUGUUUGGUAGUGAUGGCACAGGCACUCUCACAUCUCCAGCUAAUCAGUUGUGGGAUGAUAAGGAUCUUGAAUUGCAGGCUGAUAUGGAUCGUUUUGUGGAGGAUGGAUCCCUUGAGGAUAAUGUUGAUUCUUUUUUAUCCCAUGAUGACGCCGAUCCUAGGGAUACAGUUCCUCGUAUGGAUGUCACAAAAGGGUUUACAUUUAAUGAAGUAACUUCUGUUAGAGCGAGUGCAAGCAAAGUAAUUUGUUGCCACUUCUCAUCAGAUGGGAAAUUGCUUGCUAGUGGUGGCCACGAUAAAAAGGCUGUAUUGUGGUACACAGAUAAUUUAAAGCCAAAAACCACCCUUGAAGAACAUUCAUCAUUGAUUACGGACGUGCGAUUCAGUCCAAGCAUGCCACGCCUUGCAACAUCAUCGUUUGACAAAACUGUCAGGGUUUGGGAUGCUGACAAUCCUAGUUACUCAUUACGCACUUUUACGGGACAUUCUGCCUCUGUCAUGUCACUCGACUUCCACCCAAGUAAGGAUGACCUCAUCUGCUCUUGUGAUGGGGAUGGUGAAAUACGUUACUGGAGUAUUAACAAUGGCAGUUGUUCGAGAGUAUUCAAGGGUGGUACGGCCCAAAUGAGAUUUCAACCCCGUUUAGGGAGGUAUCUUGCUGCAGCUGCUGAAAAUGUUGUAUCUAUAUUAGACGUCGAGACACAAGCUUGCCGGCAUUCAUUACAGGGACAUACGAAGGCAAUCCACUCCGUGUGCUGGGAUCCUUCUGGUGAGUAUCUAGCAUCUGUCAGUGAGGAUUCUGUCAGAGUCUGGAGACUUGGAUCAGGGAGUGAGGGGGACUGUGUUCAUGACUUGAGCUGUAAUGGCAACAAAUUCCAUUCCUGUGUUUUCCACCCUACAUAUCCUUCAUUGCUAGUAAUUGGUUGUUACCAGUCUUUGGAGCUAUGGAACAUGAGUGAGAACAAGACUAUGACUUUGUCGGCUCAUGAAGGACUAAUUGCUGCUCUUGCUGUAUCGCCUGUGACAGGGUUGGUUGCAUCUGCUAGUCAUGAUAAGUUUGUGAAGCUGUGGAAGUAAUGUGAUUGUAACUCCCAAGCAUUUAUUUAAAUGCUUUUUGGUUUGCUUUAUUUUGAUUAAGUUGAUGUGGCCUAUUUUGUGAUAUAUUCAAUUUCAGGUCCUUAUAACCCUUGAAACUAACCUUUUGCUGUUGUAUCUGUUGCAUAACACCACCGUUGACAUACACUUCACUGUUCCAAGUUUCUUGGACAGUUUGUAAUGUUUUGUACUCUACACAGAAGUACAUGCUUUUUAUCCAUAGA